AACCACGUGACUUUGUUUGCCUGGAAGGUCCGCGCCUUUGAGGGGAAAUUCCACAGUUUGUUAACAAACACUCCAGAGUUGCUCAGUGUGCUCCGGCGUGUGUGAGAGUAUGCAGUGUGUGUUCAGCUCCGACAGCAGCCUCGAGUAGGAACCAUGUCUGGAAACAUCAAAAGCUUUACAAUAAACUACGAGCCGGUUAAUGACAGCAACACGUUUACCAAUGGUGACAUUGUCCGCGGGAGAGUGGUGCUGGAAGUAAGCAAAGAGGUGAAGAUUGAUAAACUUUAUGUCAAGUGUAAAGGAGAAGCGAAGGUACACUGGACCGAGUCUAACAGCGGCGAUAACCCGGACGACUCGUACAGCGCUUCAGAGAGAUACUUCAAACUCAAACAGGUCUUCAUUUGGGAUAACUCUAGGAUGGAAGAAACUGGAGCCACACUUGUAACAAAUGGGGAGACAUACAGGAACUUGGUUACGCCAGGACACCAUUCCUUUCCAUUUUCAUUUCAGCUUCCUCACAGGCCCACACCAUCAUCUUUUAAAAGAGAACAUGGAUCAAUUACAUAUGUUCUUCAUGCCAGACUGAGUAGAUCAUGGAAGAUCCCUAAAACUGUUGUGAAGGAAUUUACCUUUGUGUCAAACAGACACAGUAGAAAUGGAGCUCAUUUAAUGAGACCACUUUCUGGGUCUGUAGAAAAAAAGAUGAGACUUUUCACCUCUGGAAAUGCCUUAGUUAGAGCGUCUACUGACAAAACGGGCUACAUGCCAGGUGAGAGAAUCAAGGUUGAAACACAUAUUGAAAACUCUUCAUCUCGUGCUUUAAAGCUCAAAUUUAAACUUGAACAAAAACUGACGUUCAUUGCCCAAUCUCGAACGAAGCACGAAACAAAAGUUAUUUUCAAAGCUGUGGAAGACCCCAUUCCAUCCAGGUCUAAGAAAACCUUCACAAGUAGGCUGAAGAUCCCAACUAACUUGGAUGCAAACAUUACUGACUGUAACAUUAUUAAAUUGGAGUACAUGCUCAAGGUGUAUUUAGAUGUGCCCUAUGCGAAAGACCCAGAGAUUAUUUUUCCACUGGUCAUUAUUCCAGCAGGACAGUACUGUUUUCCCCAACAAAAUUCAGUAGAUGGCAACUUGAAUUUGAACACACGUGAAGCAAUGUCGACAGUUUCUACAGUCUUUCCAGGACCUGUUGCCUUCCCCCAUGUUUCUACUGCUACUGCCUUUGAACCAGCUCAGAAUCUAUACCCAUGUCUGUAUCCUCUGCCAGCCAAUCAAGACGAACCACCACCUUCCUAUACAGACAUUUUUCCAGACUCAAAUUCAGCAUCAGGAUUCAGUCCAUCUAUGUUUCCCUGCAUGCCUCCUCCUUACACCACUGAUUUUUAAAAUUCUCCGUACCACCAUCCACCAGCGUUUCCAAGCACCACAGGACACUGGCAAAAUCCAGCAAAUCAAGACUUUUAUCCUACUAAAUAAACUAAAACAUUCACCUCUGUCAUUGUUUUCAGAGCAUUACAAGCUAUAGAUUCUUCUAUAAUGAGCAAUCCAGAGGCAGAUGUUCCAAGGAAAAAUUCCCUGAAAUGACAUGAAGAAGAAACCUGGAGAGGAACCAGACUCAGAAGAGAAUUCAUUUUCAUAUGGGUGACUGGAUAGCAUGAUCAUGAAUACAUCCCUUCUAGAACUGUGUGCUGCAUGGUGUAAGCUAUCCAUGGUGCAGUUGUACAAGAGAAAUUUAAUUUCAUUUAACAUGCAGUCCACUUUUUUCAGGUGUCCAACUGUUGACUGAUAGAGACUUUGGUACAAAAUGGUCAUGGAAGUUUUAAGUCCUAAAAAUUUCAGAGCCAUAUUAUAUUCAUAAGCCCAAAGCCUGUUUCAUGAUUUUUUGGUAUUGACUUGUGUAUAUGUAAGCAGAACAUACGGGGCCAUCAUUAGCACUGAUUGGUGUCUAUGUGAUGAGAACUCCAACAAGAAGUAGCUUAGUCAGAUAAUGGAUUACAUUUUGUAAAAUUUGCUAGCAGGACUAGCUAUUACAACAUAACUAAAAGGGAGAACCAGAAGUAAAGAGGGUACUCUGGAAUGUAAAGCAGUACUACUACAUUGUCGACACACAAGAGCGAACUUGUUUGAGGAGGGACAGCAUCCAAAAAUAUCAGUUGAACAAAAAUCUUCUGCUCAUGAACUUUUCAGAUUUGCUCCUUAAGGACAAACUAUGCAAAAAUGUUUAAUUAAACUAUGCCUGAUUGCCUAAUUGGAAAGCUAUUCCAUACCUAAAUGGCUUUGUAAGAAAAGAAAAGAAAAAACUUUGUCCCUGCUGUGGUCUUUUAUUAUGUGAUGUACCAACAAAUAGUUUACUCUUUUUAAUCAAAGUAGGUGUAUCAGUUCAUAUAAUUCAAGAAGUUUACUCAGGUGCUGUGGUGACCAUUCAGUGCAUUUAUAGGCAAAGUAGUAUUUUAAAUUCAAUUAGUGGAACAUCCGGAAAGUACGGCAUUACAAUAAUCCAACUGUUUACUGUUCCACCUGUUAAUCCAAAUUAACAAAUUUAAUCACUGUGUUUAUGCAUUUGUAAUACUGCAUAUGGUUUAUUAUUUAGAGAGCUCUAUUUUUCUGUGAUCUAAUUUUAUUUUAUUUUAUAAAACAAAAUCAUGUAUAUUUAUAGAAGUGUAUACUGUAUACCAUAUGUGUAUAAGUGUGCCAAAAUAAAAAUAAGAUAAAUAUGACAAAUGGAUAA